GGAUUCAGAGAUGCUCAGUGCAGUUUGGAAGGUUUCCUGGCUCUAGCUCCAACAGAUAGAACACCAUGCAGUCUGUCUACCUAGCUGUUUGCCUGCUCUGCCUCAUCUGCUUCACUUCAGCUUGUUACAUUAACAACUGCCCUGUAGGAGGCAAGCGAUCGAUCAUGGACAUGGAGAUCAGACAGUGUAUACCAUGUGGUCCUGGUAACAGGGGCCAUUGCUUUGGAGCCAGUAUUUGCUGUGGAGAGGGGUUUGGCUGCUACAUUGGAACCUCGGAGACCCUGAGGUGUCAGAAGGAAGAUUACCUGCUGUCUCCUUGUGAACCCAGUGGCAGAGCCUGCGGCAGCAACGGCGGGAAAUGUGCUUCAUCUGGAAUCUGCUGUACACAGGAGGGCUGUGUCCUGGAUCCUAUUUGUGAUACAAGAAGUGUCUUCUCUUCAGAUUAAUCUGUGCCUCUGGAUAGUCCUGAUCACUGUUACAAGAUCUGAAGUCCUGAAUUGUUACCUGACGUUUGAUAUCUAUAAAUGUUGAAUACAGACAUCUUUUAACGCUAAAUAGAAAUGAUGACUUGUAACAAUUUUCAGACACGUGCAGGUGUUUUAAGCUUAAUAUGAAAUAAUGCUAUAAUCUAGGAAUAAUACCUAACAAUAAUUAAAUAAAUAAAACACCA